GGUGGCAUUGUGCUUCUCAACGUGCAGGAGUAGCUCCAGAAGAGAGGUGAGGCUGAGCCCAGAGCACUAGGUUGCUUCAACAGGGAAGACUCCCUUCCCCCGUGCUUCAGGCUGCUGAGCACUGAGCAGCGCUCAGAAUGGAAGCCAUCGCCAAAUAUGACUUCAAAGCUACUGCAGACGAUGAGCUGAGCUUCAAAAGGGGGGACAUCCUGAAGGUUUUGAAUGAAGAAUGUGAUCAGAAUUGGUACAAGGCAGAGCUCAACGGGAAGGAUGGCUUCAUCCCCAAGAACUACAUAGAGAUGAAGCCACACCCGUGGUUUUUUGGCAAAAUCCCCAGAGCCAAGGCAGAAGAAAUGCUUAGCAAACAGCGGCAUGAUGGGGCCUUUCUAAUCCGGGAGAGUGAGAGCGCUCCUGGGGAUUUCUCCCUCUCCGUCAAGUUUGGAAAUGAUGUGCAGCACUUCAAGGUCCUCCGAGAUGGGGCCGGAAAGUAUUUCCUCUGGGUGGUGAAGUUCAAUUCUUUGAAUGAGCUGGUCGAUUACCACAGAUCAACAUCCGUGUCCAGAAACCAGCAGAUAUUCCUACGGGACAUAGAACAGGUGCCGCAGCAGCCGACGUAUGUCCAGGCCCUCUUUGACUUUGACCCCCAGGAGGAUGGUGAGCUGGGCUUCCGCCGGGGAGAUUUCAUCCACGUCAUGGAUAACUCAGACCCCAACUGGUGGAAGGGGGCUUGCCACGGGCAGACUGGCAUGUUUCCCCGCAACUACGUCACCCCUGUGAACCGGAACGUCUAAGAAGCAGAGAGAAUAUUUAAGGAAAGUGAAAAAUUAAAAACACAAAAGAAUUACACCCACAAGCUGCCUCUUAACAGCAGCCUGUAGGAAGCUCAGAACAUCUGGCUGGUCACACUGGUGACCCUCUCACUUUGGUUGGAACUUUGGGGAGUGGGAGGGGGAUUGGAUAUCAAGAUUUACUUAUUAAGUUUUUAUUACAGAUUCUCCACACUGCUCCUGUUUCCCUCCUGUGUCUUUUUUCUCAUCUUUUUCUCCUGUCCUUCAGUGCAUGACAUUUAAGGCCACGUAUAGUCCCAGCUGAUGCCAAUAAUAAAAGAAAAGAAACCAAGUGGGCUGGUAUUUUCUCUAUGCAAAAAGUCUGUUUUAGUGGAAAUGACUGAAAGAACAGCCGUCUCCAUGAUUUUCAUAUAUAUACACAAAAAAGGAGUGGGCCGGGUGGCCUGGGGCCUGUGCUGCAACUCCGCCAGAGGAGAGCCCUGGACCACUGGGGGGCGUAGAAUGUGGAGGUCGGUGCUCUGCUGCCACGUGGCUUCCGGAGAAAGUCAGACUGCAAACCUGCGCCUCUGCCCACUUCGGCCCCUCCAGAUGUUGUUUUUUCAUAGUGCCUUUUUCCUUCUUUCAAGGGUUGCUUAUGAGCAGUGUUCUUUGUUUUGUUUUAAAAUAAGUUAAAGACAGUCCAGAGCUUUUCAUCCAAUUUGUCUCCUACUCUGUGUAAAUAUUUUCCCUCAUGGGAAGGGAAAACAGGGUAGAGAAAGGAGACAAGCAGAAGUGGAGGGUAUGGGCAGUCUGCCUGUCAGCCAGAAGUCUUUGCGGGUGCAGCUUUAAUAUUUGUGAGCCCCACCCCCAGAAGUGAUGGAAUCUGUCUGCGAGGACGUCACAGUCCUUGACCUCCAGGUCUCAGGUGUGGUCUACUCCUGUCCCCAGAGACCCCCAGGCACAAACCCUGGGAGCCAGCAAGCUGCAAACACAGAAGCUAGCGGAGGGGAUAGCUUCUAACUGCCUUCCUUAGCUGUCCCAGUCCCACUGGGGUGGGAAUUACAGUGCUUGCUUUUUAUUUUUCUUGCUCUUAAAAUGAGACCCUAGCUUUUACCUGUGAGUCCCCUGACCUGCAGGGCAAGCACUGGGACAGCAGCCAGUCAGAGCAGG